AUGGACACCAGAGGGGAAAAGGUACAUAAAAGGAUGGUGAUCUGCGGCAGUUGCGGGAGACUCGAAGAAGAAAAAGAAGAGAAGAGGCCCUUGGUGGGAGUUAGUAGCCCAACUAGCAAGACAUCAUUGGAGCGAAAAGGAGUGGUGGAGAGCUUGAGGGGGGCAGAGGUCUUGUCGGAAAGGCUCCAGUUCGAUGUUAAAAAGGGUGCAUGGCGGGGCAGUCCGUCCGUCCCUUGGGGAGAAGGGCCAAACUCAGGGCCAAGGGACCAAGACUACCGCGGAGUAUUCAGACCGCGGCGCAAUCAACCCGACGCCAGUGAUGAGUCACUCUGCGCCUCCAGCACUUCACCGAAUCGGGACAUGUCCCUCCCAUGGAACCAUGGCUCCUUCACCUGUAGUCCAAAGAUAGAGGGGAAGAGAAACCAAGAUAUGACUCGAAUCAAUGCUAAUGAAGGCGCCAGGGCCAAUAGUCACUGCCCAGGCGCAAUGUUGGCUGCUAUAGUGCGAUGCUCCCGCUUAUCUGGGGAAUAUCUCCGAUCUUAUGGCGUCUGGGGCGUUAUGACUGUUGAUCCCAACACGAGCCGAAGGCCGAUCAUGCUCCAGGUAGAAAAUCACCUAAUAGUGCCAAUCGUGCUGCGAAUAGAGCAGAGCCAGCAGUAUGCGAAGAAUUGGCCCUUUGAAGGGAAGUUGCCGAUACGCGCAUUUAUGGUUCAAGUGGACCUUGGUUUGAAUCGUACGCGGGCACGCAACUAUUGCCGUACGAUCGCAAAAGGGUACCAUGGCCAGGAAGUGCCGCAGGUCUGCGAUACUUUUCAUCACUUCGCGCUCGUGUUGAGCCCACUUUCCGACAACCCUAAUGGAAUUUCCUACCGCCUAGAAACCUCCUUUGACAGCUCUUGGGUGCGUGCUGGAUAUAGGCAUAGAAUUGUCGAUCAUGCCAUGAAUAUUCACAUUCCUUCGAGUCGAUCUUUUAUCGUACUCUCUCGUGAAGAAGUGGCUCACACCAUCAUUUGUAAUUUGAGUUCAGCCGGAAGAAUCCUCUUAAAGUUCGGCUUCUUGCCCCUCCAAAGGCCUCCGUAUCCCCGGGUGUCGCGCAUCUGCGGUCAUUCAGUAGAGGAUGUUAUUGCCCUUAUACUAAGGUAUGGUAUAUACCGUGGCGUCAUUUAA